AUGAACCAGCCCGUGACGAGCUCCACGUUCGUUCGUUGCCUGAGCUAUGGUCUCCUGAGGCGGCUGGCAGACCUGAUCGACCCGCAGGAAGGGGGGAAGAAGCUUGAAAGCGACGCGUCUGGUGAAAGCAGAUACAGCCAGAUGCAUAUCAGGAGAUUUGAAGCAUUUGUACAAAUGGGAAAGAGCCCAACGUGUGAAUUGCUUUAUGACUGGGGAACGACAAACUGUACAGUUGCUGAUCUUGUGGAUCUGCUGAUUAGGAAUCAAUUCCUAGCACCAGCAAGCCUUUUGCUUCCAGAAGCUGUAAAGAUGCCACAAGAAGCUACAUUACCUCUUUAUUCACAGGAAACUUUGCCUAUGCAUGAGAAACAACUACCUGUACAGGAAAAAGAAGUGGCAUCUGUAAAGCCUGUUUUGGCUCAGAGUACUGAGAAGCAACAUUCAGCUCCUUCCCACUUAAGUCAGGAAAAUAGCAGCUCACAGUCCAGUAACACAGAUUUCCAUAAUUUUUUGUUCCAUGACUUGGAAAGCAUUACAAAUAACUUUGAUGCCCGACCAGAAUCAGCUGGAGGUAACAAACUGGGAGAAGGUGGCUUUGGUGUUGUGUUCAAAGGCUACAUCAAUGGCAGAAAUGUGGCUGUCAAGAAGCUUGUUGCUAUGGUUGAUGUCAGUGUUCAGGACUUGAAACAGCAAUUUGAACAAGAAAUAAACAUAAUGGCAAAGUGUCAGCAUGAAAAUCUAGUAGAAUUACUUGGUUUCUCAAGUGAUGGUGCUCAGCCAUGUCUGGUGUAUGAAUACAUGCCCAAUGGUUCAUUGCUUGACAGACUUGCUUGUCUGGACAACUCUCCACCAAUUUCUUGGAAUACAAGAUGUAAAAUUGUUCAAGGUACAGCAAAUGGCAUCAACUUUUUGCAUGAAAAUAAUCAUAUUCACAGAGAUAUUAAAAGUGCAAAUAUCUUAUUAACUGAUACAUACAUGCCCAAAAUUUCUGACUUUGGCCUUUCAAGAGCAUCUGUAACAUUCACACAGACAAUCAUGACUGAAAGAAUUGUUGGAACAGCAGCCUACAUGGCACCCGAAGCUCUGCGAGGAGAGAUAACACCAAAGUCUGACAUCUUCAGUUUUGGAGUAGUCUUGCUAGAAAUUAUAACGGGUCUUCCUCCAAUAGAUGAAAACAGGGAGCCACAGUUACUGUUAGGUAUCAAAGAUGAAAUUGAGGAUGAGGAAGCAACUAUUGAGGAUUAUGUUGAUAAAAAGAUGAGUGACUGGGAUGUACCUUCAGUCCAUAAAAUGUAUUCAAUUGCCCAGAGAUGUCUGAAUGACAAAAAAAACAGAAGGCCAGACAUUAAGAUGGUCCAACAGCAUCUCGAAGAGAUGAAAAAUUGA